GAGGGGAGGAUGGAGGGAGAGAGGGAGGGGAGGAUUAGCGCAGCGUCGGUGCCUAGUGUCCUUUUUAGACUACAACAAACACAAGAGUGAUUGAGAGAAAAGCGAACAAGGCAGAAACCCAUUUGCACCUGCUCGUCCUCGUCGGCCAGUGUCAGCAUCUCUCCGAGCUCUCCAUCUCUCCAUCCAUCCAUCCAUCCAGACCCCGACGUCCAAGCAUGUCUCUGUCCGGCUCGCAGACACCAGAGGACGGACUCUACGGCUCCUGGGUCGAGCUGGAGGAGCUGAUUGCAGCUGUGAGCCGCAGGGAGAGUCUGACAGGGCCACAGGACAGCAUCUCCUCCGCCCUGCAGGGGGAGCUGGAGAGGAUCCUUCUGGAGGCACAGCUGGAGUGUGAGAGGAGUAGAGACAGUCCUCCGCAAGCGGGGACUCCACAGUCCACUGGUUCCCCAAGACCCACUAGUGAGCAGGACAGUGACUGUAUCACCAUACAGGAGGAAGCUGAGCGGCGGGUGGACACUGACUGGGUGUGGGACUGGUCCAGUAGACCCGAAAAUAUGCCCCCAAAAGAGUUUGUGUUUCAGCACCCGAAGCAGCAGGGCUCCCUCAGCGUGAGGAAGACGGAGGUGAUGAAGAGAGGAAUCUUCUCCUCCGAUGUUCUCCUCAUCCUUGUUCCCUCUCUGCUGGCUUCACACCUGCUCACACUUGGAGUCGGGAUCUACAUAGGAAAGCGAUUGGCUGCUUCCACAACUAGCACGCUGUGACGUCGGCCGUAGCCCAGUGCCCCAUUCGCUAACAGUCUGUCCAAUAAGGUCAGACUGUUACUGCACUAAUUUGCCUCCUUCCUUCUCCUUCGUCAUUGGGCAACCUUAGGACCCUGCCUGUCUGUACCUCUGUCUCUCUGUUCAUCUGUCUACCCAGCAGCACUCUGCCAGUCUGUCUCUCUGUCAGUCUGCGCAUGUCGUAGGGCCUUGAGAGCGGACGGAUGCCGACCAAUGAGUCAGACUGAGGUCACUUUUACUCCCCCGGAGAGUAACACUGAUCUCAACCAGCUAAAGCAUAAUCAGAGAGGAGAGAUUGCCCAGAUACAAGAGAAAGGAGCGAAAGAGAGUUUUACCCAGCUAGAACAAUAAAUCCCUUUGAUAGGAGGAGAUGAAAAUGGUUAUUUGGGAACAGUGUGUUCGGAUGAAAUGAGAAAGAUAAUAUGUUGUAGCCUUUCGCCCAACCUUUGAAAAAGCAAAAUGUCUGUCAUUUGUCAAAAGUAAUGACCCUCUGUAACACUGAGCUGCUGAAAGUGGUUCUUGGGUUUUUUUCUGCUCUGAUGGUGUAUCCAAUGUAGAGAGUUUUAGUUGGCUGAGUGAAUGUAGAAGUGGCUCUGGUUGUGCUUUUUGUCCCGUAAACCAAUUAAAUAUUUGACGUCCGACAAAGACAAUCAUGAUCCCAUUAAACUUCACUCCUC